UCUAUAAUUUUACAACUUUCAUUGCUCCUCUAAAAUUACUGUUCAAUUUUUUCUUUCUUUUCAUUGGUCUGCAUUUCACCAUUCUUUCUUUUCAUUGGUCACCACACCACUUCAUCCAACAUGUCUCUCUUUCCUGAAACCACUACAUCAACCGCCACUUUUUCUUUCUCUUUGAAGAUCUCACAACCACCAUCACAAAUGUUACACCACCACUGGCUACAAGGGGUAGCGGUGGCUAAAGGGUGGAGGUAUUAAGGUGGUCCGUGGUUUGUAGGGAGAAAGUUUGUAGAGAUAAACAGGCCGGUGGCAUUAACGUGGUGGUGCGGUAGCGGUGGCGGUUAGAUGUAGGUUGCGGUGGUGAUUGGCACUGAUCGAAGGUAGUGACGCUCGGUUACAUCUGGCUGGGACCACCAACGCCGCAGGCUCUCACGUAUCUAGGGUUUUACGGUGUUAUAUGUGAGUCCGAGCCGAUGGUUGUGAUGAUCUUGGAUGAUGAAGAGUUUAGGGUUUAGAGAGAGAGAGAGAGAGAGAGAGAGAGAGAAAUGAAAUGAUAUACGUGGUUACAGGGUUGAAUGCGAAGGACGGUGCUGUGGUGGUUGUGUGGCGGGUGCUGUGGUGGUGUGGUGGUGGUGGAUGGUGGUUAGUGGUGGUGGUAGUGGCAACUUUGUGGUGGUGGUGAUUAUGGCAGAAAAAGAGGGUCAAUCAGAGCCCUCCUUUAACAACCGGAUGAGACCACGUCGUUUUGUCACCAAUCAACCUAAGCUCUUGUCCCCUCAAGCCGCCCGUACCAUGAAGACGCGAAGAUUAUUUGGGAUUUCUGUGUCUCUGAUUAUUAUUAAUCUGGCCGCUAUAAUGGAGCGUGCAGAUGAGAAUCUGCUUCCAUCUGUAUACAAAGAAGUUAGUGAAGCAUUUAAUGCUGGGCCAUCUGAUCUGGGCUACUUAACAUUUAUUAGAAACUUUGUUCAAGGUCUGGCAUCCCCAAUGGCUGGAAUAUUGGUUUUAACGUAUGACCGGCCCACCGUUCUUGCAAUGGGGACACUUUGUUGGGCGUUGUCCACGGGUGCUGUAGGUGCCAGCCGUUAUUUCGGUCAGGUGGGUUUUUGGCGGGCGAUAAAUGGGUUUGGGCUGGCCAUUGUGAUUCCUGCAUUGCAGUCGUUUAUUGCGGAUACUUAUAGUGAUAAUGUGCGAGGGACGGGGUUCGGGUUUUUGAGUUUAGUGGGAAUGGUGGGUGGGAUUGGUGGGGGUGUGGUGGCUACGCUUAUGGCGGGUCAUGAGUUUUGGGGGGUGCCUGGAUGGCGGUGUGCAUUUGUUUUGAUGGCGGGGUUAAGUUGUUUGAUUGCGUUUCUUGUGUUCUUGUUUGUGGUUGAUCCUAGAAGGCUAACGGCGGUUGAUCAUGAUGGCGGACAGAGUUACCUAGAAAGGAGCGAGUUGUUGGAUCGGGAACGUGAUUCUGGUUCUAUUUGGACCGAGUCAUGGACCGCCAUGAAAGCUGUGAUGAAAGUCCAAACUUUUCAAAUCAUCGUCUUGCAGGGUCUUGUUGGUUCGUUACCAUGGACCGCAAUGGUGUUUUUCACUAUGUGGUUUGAACUUAUUGGUUUUGAUCAUCAAAAGGCUGCAACCCUUUUGAGCCUUUUCGGGGCAGGGUGUUCUAUCGGGUCACUAUUAGGUGGGAUCAUAGCUGAUCGCUUGUCUCGGAAUUUCCCUCAUACUGGACGAAUCAUGUGUGCACAAUUUAGCGCGAUCAUGGGGAUCCCAUACACUUGGUUUCUCCUACGCAUAAUCCCACAAUCAGUCGAUCGCUACCAUACUUACGCAGUCACACUUCUCUUAAUGGGCCUUACAAUAAGCUGGAACGGAACGGCAUGUAACGCGCCAAUGUUCGCUGAAGUGGUCCCCACCAAACAUCGAACUAUGAUCUACGCGUUUGACCGCGCCUUUGAAGUAUCAUUUUCGUCUUUUGCUGCACCCAUGGUUGGGAUCCUGGCAGAGAAGAUUUACGGGUACGACCCAAAAUCCGUGGACCCAAUUGCGGGGUCCCCUAGAGAAGCAUUAGCAUUGUCAAAAGGGCUUUUAGCGAUGAUGGCGAUUCCUUUUGGUCUAUGUUGCUUGUUCUACACCCCGUUAUAUUGGGUUUUCAGGCGUGACCGCGAUAAUGUGAGAAUGGCUACUCUAAAGGAAGAAGAAAUGAUAUGAUUCACAUUCUUGUUUUGAUUACAUUAGUGUAAAUUAGUCAUAGGCCUUUGAGGAUUGGAUUUUGUGUUUUGUUUUAGGAAAAGUAUAUGAACUUUACUGUUUUUCAACAUUAUAUGUAUUCAAACAAAGAAAUUUAGUCACAAGAAAAUCAUGAUUCUUAUUUUCUUA